CUUCGUCAACCUGGUACUUCUCUGUCUGACUGUUGUGAUGGAGAUGGUGGUUGUCUGCUUCCUUCUCUUCACUGUGGAAAGCCUCCCAGUUCCUCUGGAAGUUGCGAUGCUGACCCUCUUCAGCCUCAUCUGCCUCUAUGGGGCCACAGCUUCCCUCGCAAAUUGUGUCUUUGGCAAAGAGCUCCUCCUGAUGGGAUCCCCUCUCCUGAGAGCUGAGAGGGCUGAAAAGGAAUCCAAGCCCCUGCCACCCUGUGUCUGCCCAUCUUCCCACCGGACCAGUGGGCUCCGGACCAUCGCUGACAAGCUGACCAUUGGCGGGGUGUGCGGCAUUCCCACAGAUACUGUUUAUGCCCUCGCAGCCUCCUGCAAACAUCCCAAAGCCAUUGAGAAGAUCUACAGAAUCAAGGACCGGCCUCAGGAGAAGCCCAUCUGCAUCUUCAUCUCAAAUCUGGGCCAGCUCCGGGAAGCCUCCCCACCCUUCAGCCCUUUGCUCUGGGAAUUCAUGGAGAACGUUUAUCCCGGAGGCAUUGGCUGCAUCGUCCAGAAGGGAGAGUGGCUAAAGAAACUAGGGAUUGGAGCUGGGUAUGACCACGUGGGGACCAAAGAGAGCAUCAUGAUCAGAGUCCCUGACCAGACAGUCACCGUCCACCUCAUAGACAUGACCGGCCCCUUGGCCAUCACUUCUGCUAAUCCCAGUGGAGAGACCGACAGUACCCACCAUGACAUGGUCAUCUCACGUCUCGGCCACAAGUUGGAGGGAGUCCUCUGCGAUGGGGAGUCAAAUGAGUUGAUGGCAUCCACGGUGGUCAACUGCACACAGAUAGAUGAAGUGGGCAUCACCAUCCUGAGAGAAGGAUGCAUCCCAGCAGCCAAGGUGAUGCAAAUCUUUGAGAAGGUGAAGAACCACAGAGUAUGAGUUCUAGAAUAGUUACGGUCCAGAAAGCUUUGCUUCUCUUGAACUCAGGGGCCCCCUCGCCUCUCAUUUGGAAGACCAUUUCCCACUUGGCUUCUCAUUCUUUGAGCUGUGGCAUCUGCUGAUUACAUACAUACAUACAUACAUAUUUCUUUCUGCCUCAUCACUAAAUGUUUUUUGUGGAAAUCGGGUUGACUGAUUGUCUGAAAUAACCAGAGACCGCUGAAUACAUAGCUGGGUUCCACAACAUCACACCUUGGUAAUCGUGGCCAAGGGAGAGGUGAGGCCAACCACCCUAGGUGGACAUUACCCUUAUUUUUUCCAAAAGUAGGGAACAAAAUAACCCCAUGUAACACACAAACACAAUUGGGCAUGAGGAAUCAUAGCUCAGUGGACGCUCCAAGUAUGCAAAGCAUUCCCACCUCAAAUCCUACGAUCUCCAGGUAAGGCUGAGAAAGGCCCUUCCAAGCUUGAAAUCUUGGAGGAUCACUACCAGUUGGUGUGGACAAAUAUGGAGAUCAGUGGACCAGAACUUGGGAAAGUUGGCCCCUUUGGAUUACAACUCCCAGAACCGCUAAUAUCAGUGUGUAUGCAUUUAUGUUAGUUUCUGUUACCUGAAUGCUGCCUUUGCACCUGUAUUAUUUACCAACCGGCUUCAUAGUGAAGUCCACUGGGGUAGAAAUAAAAAUGUUUUGUGUCUUACUGUUAAGGGUUGUUUAAGGCUGACUGUUAUUUA